UUAACCGGUCCGUGAUCGUAAACAAUACAAGUAGAACAAAAUACAAAUUCUUGAAUUUUUAAUUUAUAAUUUGAGUAUCGACAUUGACCGUGUUUCGUGUUUCGUUUCGUUAUUUGCAGAUUUACUUUAUACUUACCUAAAUUAGAAAUAUAUUGUUUGUUGAUGAAGAACAAAAAAAUUACCUAAGUACAGGAAAAACUAAAUCUCCAGAAAAACAUGGACGGAUUUUGCAGGAGUUGUCUCGUGAAAUUUGAUGAACCAACAGACCUAACUCCAUAUUCAGAAAAAAAUAGAAGACUCUUUGUUUAUGCUACAGGAUUGCAGGCAAAACGCAAUGACACAUUUACAUUCCAACUUUGUAAGGAAUGUUAUCUCAACAUGAAGGUGGCAUGUCACUUUAAAAAAACAUCCAGAAACUCUGACAAGAAGUUCAAAAACUAUUUAGCUAAUAAAGAGUCUGGGGACAACAUAGACUUCUGCACAUUCCUCAAAAAUAAUGAUGAAUCCUUUAAAUUCAGGCUUCCAAUGUAUGCAGGCAACAGCACACCUGCUACCAUAAACAAAGAUGAUGACAAUGAAUCCACAUGCACAAGCAUACAGAAUUUCAUGACAGACAUUCUGAAAGCUGAGGAGAUACCAGACAGUGAAGCACGUAUCAUACAAGAGGUGAUAGAGGAGGAAGCGGAUGUAUUGGAGGAUUCAUUGGACUCACACUGGUUACAAGAUGAUGUAUCAGUAGAUACGGAUUUUAGACUUGACUUUAGUUUCAGUCCAUUUUCAACUCCUCGAUCAACAAACGAUAAUCAUUGUUAUACACCAAAGAGAAUAAAUGAUCCAAUAGAAAUUCGAGAAGAAGAAAAUAUACCAAUAAAAAAAGAACCCAAUCAACCAAACUAUGCAAUUGAUAAUUAUAACACUGAUACAUUUGAAGAUUAUAAAAGCAACAUUAUAAAAAAUGAAAAUGUUAAUGGUAGCGAGAAAUGCGUUAUUGACGUUAAUUUAGAAAAUGCGUUAAAAAAUGACACUGCAAACAAAGUUAUGUUGGAUGAGCUGCUUGCAACUCCCCCUGUAAUUCCGAAUAUGUCUGCACCACCUACACCUCUGAUAAAAAACAUUCUAUUUGGUGAAAAAUUGUGCAUUGAUACUGAAUCUGGACCAAAAAAGGUGUAUAUGCCUAGGCUCAACAAAGAUGAAAUUGAAGAUAAUUUGAAUACUAAUAAAUCUGAAGAUAUAUGUGCACCACCCACACCACUAAUAAAAAACAUUCUAUUCGGCGAUAAAAUAGACAUUGAUACUGAGUCUCCACAAAAGAAAGCGUAUACGCAAUUGCUUAAAGAAGAUGAAAUUGACGAAAAUAUGGACACUAAUAUAUCUGAAGAUUAUGAGAGUAUUAAAACUAAAGAUAAAAAUGUUAAUACUGGGGAAAAAUGUAUUAUUGAUUUUAAUUUGGAAAAGGCCUUGAAAAAUGACACUUCCAAUAAAGUUAUGUUAGAUGAGCUACUUGCAACUCCUCCAGUAAUUCCAAAUAUAUCUGCACCACCCACACCACUAAUAAAAAACAUUCUAUUCGGCGAUAAAAUAGACGUUCAUACUGAGGCUCAACCACCAAAAAACGUAUAUAUGCCAACGGAUAACCAAGAUGAAAUUGACGUACUAUAUGAAUUCUUUAAAACAAGCGACGAUGAAAAUAACAUUAAGGAAGAAUAUGUUGAAGAUUACAAUGACAUGUAUAAUAUAACAGAGGACAUAAAUGAAAAAACUAUUGAAAAUGAUAUAAACUGUUCGAAUAGACCUGACGAAAAUAAAAAUAAAGUUUGUGAAAUUAUAAAAGAGCCGUCAUCGCCAAUUGAAAAUAAAUACUGUUUAAAAAAGUUGUUAUGCAACAUUUGCAAUAGACAAUUCAAACUUGCAAUGGCACUGAAAGUGCAUUGCAAAAGGAUCCAUAAAAUACAAAUCGAGCGAGCAAGAACUAAGCGCGUAUAUCGCAAAAUGGUAUGCGACUAUUGUGGAAAAGUGUUCACGUCAUCCAAAUGUAUUGUUAAGCACAUACAAAAUCACAUGAACCCUGAUCAGUAUUACUGCGACCAUUGUCCCUUGGCAUUUAGAACUGAAACAGGUUUCAAAGCCCACCAAACUACCCACGGCAUUGUAUACAAAAGAAAAGAAAAAAAAAGGAAGUACGUGUGCAAUAUUUGCGGCUCCGUACAAUCCAGUUCGUCGAACCAUAACGUGCACCUGAGACGCCAUACAAACAAAUACAGUAUGUCGUGUGCGAUUUGCGGUAAAGGUUUCUACAGGACAUCCGAUUUGGAAACCCAUAUGAGACGGCAUACCGGAGAGCGUCCGUUCGAAUGUGUAUAUUGCCCCAGAAAGUUUGCCCGGCAGGACUCACUAAAUAUGCACAUGAAGUGUCACACAGGGGAAAGGCCGUUUCUGUGCACAUUUUGUGAUGAUAAAUUCAUAAGUGCCCGUCAUUUGAAGCAGCACCAAACGAAAUGCAAGACGUGCCUCGAUAAGCAGAUGGAAAUAUUGUUGGAAACUGCUGAACUGAAUAACAUAGAUAACGUUGCUGUAUAUUAUGAAGAAGUUACUGAUAAUGUUGAAGCUGCUAAAAAUGGGCCAGUUUUGAUGUUAUGAGCAGAAGAGAUGACUCAAUCUCUCUCUUUAAAUAAACCAUGUACUUUUGAGCAAAAUAUAUAGAUAAUAAAAAAUA